AUUAAAAUUUUUGGUAAUUAUAGAGAACAGGUACAUCCUCACCGAUUUCGAUGAUUUUUGAAUAUGUUGUAGAAAUCAACAUUUUGAACAACUUCUUCUUAUACAUAUAACCGUCGCUCGGCCUUAGUUUCCGAGAUAUUUGCAAAAUACCAUUGCUACUACACAAUGAAUAUUACGUAUAGCUACGCGUCCGUAGGAGCGUGUGUGUAAGCGUUGAAUUGUCGAUUGUUUAGGCUCGGAAUACACGUCCGCGUCCGUUUACGCGAUUGUUUAGGCUCAGAAAAAAAUCUAGUUUAACACUGACGUCGUUACUGAAUUACUUUCAACGGAUAAAAAAGAAACUUGCGUGAAUAUUUGACUGUAUGCGGCAGAUAUGAUACACUAAUUUAUUUUUUAAUUGAACAAAGAGUGAUUCAUGGAAAGAUGUAUUGUACUAAGUGCAAAAGUGAAAAACCAAUGAAGUUUAAUCGGGAAGAGCUAAUAUUUUAUUGUAAUGCAGUCUAUUAUUCGAAAAAUUGCCAUAAAAAAAGAUUGAAAAUACAGUGCAGCUCACAGCUCAGUGCAUUGAGUAAUACAUGGUUUAGCAAUAUACAUGCUUCUAUUCAAGCCAUUUGUGCCUUUAUCGGCUAUCAUUUAGUGCUAAAACCACCACGGCAAGAAUUUCUACAAAAUGAACUGCGAAUAACGGCGAAAACCGCAGUUGAUUGGACCAGUUAUUGUCGUCAAAUGUGUGUUCUAUGGGCAGAAAAACAUUCUGUUCUAAUCAGAGGAAGGAUGUUAACUGGCCAGUGGAUAUUCGGAGGAAUAGAACGCUCCAGCAAACGUAUAUUUAUUGUACCAGUUCCCAACAGGUCAUCCGAAACGCUACUUGAAGUGAUCCGAAAUUGGAUCAAACCUGGUACAAUUAUUAUUAGCGAUUGUUGGAAAGCGUACGGUUGCCUCCACAAAGAAAGAUUUCAGCACUUAAGAGUUAACCAUAAACUCAAUUUCGUUGACCCGGAGACAAAUGCUCACACGCAAAACAUUGAAAGAGUAUGGCGAGAAAUUGAAGCGGUUAGGUAAACAAGUUUGCGAAGAGGAGCAGACUGAAACUGUGUCAGCUGCAACGGCACAUGAAAAAUUACAAAUGAAAGAAGCCAUAGAAAUAGAAUUAGAUGGAAGAGACAUUGUAGAGAAUGAAUGUCAAGAUCGGCAAGAAGAAGAAAUAAAAGAUACUAGAAAUGAAACAGAAGAAGAACUUCAUCGGAUAGUAAACGUCGUCAUGCAGACAGAAACUGCCACUGACGAAGAAGAAUAUCUAGUCGUAGAAAAAGAAACGACGAAAUCAGACGAAAAGUUAUGUCGGUCUGACGGGUUUAGCAUUGUUGACAUGCACCACGUGUUCGACCAGAUAAAAUUAAUCGGCGAACAUUCAGAAACGUUUGAAUGUUCAACAAGGCACCUGGAAAUAAAAGGUCUGAAAAGAUCGGGUUUAAAUUCAACCCUUAUUCUAGAAUGCAGGAUGUGCAAUUAUAGAGCCGAAGUGCACAGCCAACCUGAAAAUGCUCAGGUAAUGAAUACAACUGAGAAUGCAGUUGCAGCAAACAUUCAGUGGAGGCGGCUACGCACAAAUGGAGGACUUUUUGACAUCUAUCAAUGCCCCUUGCAUGUCAAAGAAGAAAUAUAGGAAUUGUCACGACCACAUCGUCAAUAAAUUAAUCGCUGCUGCCGAAACAGAAAUGGUAGCAGCGGCAGAAGAAGAAAAUUUUGAAUGCACGUAUCACUUGUUGCGCAACUUCGGCAAUAAGUUAAAAGAGGUUGCGAAGAAGACUCCGCCGAGCUGUUAUAGACAAGCCAUCGAGAAUAAUAUUCGACGCAUGCGUAUGGGAAUUACAAAAGCUGCAGAAUAUAGAUUUAAUGAAAAUACUUCGAUAUUACAGAGACAACAAAAAUUAUACGAAGAUAUUAUGAAUGUAUCCAGCCACGUGUUUGGAGAACAUAAAGACUGCAAAAGAAUUGGAUAUUUCUGCAACGGAACGAUGAAGGAGAAUGAACAAAACAUCGUCCCACAUUUAUUAAACCUGGGAGUUUACCAAAAAAUACAAGAUAUUCUUCGAUCGUUGGCGGCACACGCAGAAAGCUUACUGUACCGAACCAACAAUAAUACGGUAGAAAGUUUUAAUGCCAUCAUUGCGAAAUAUAUUUGCGGAAAACGCAUUUAUUUUGGCCAAAGAGGAU